AUGGCGCCUCCUCCGCCUCCUCGGAGACUGGAAGAAUUGGACUUGACACCGAGGAGACGCAUGUCCGUAGAGGAUCUCUGCGACUGUUGUUUCCCCAAGCCUCCCAUGUACACUCCGGUGUGGAGCCACCGCAAGCGACCCUUUCCGGAGUUUCACAAUGACAGCGUCGGUGAAGUAGACGAUCGACCCGUCCACGAAAUUGACAUUGAUCCACCGCAGCAUUCAAACAAUCACGACGAAGAGCAAGCAGAUCCAGAACAAGACGACGAUGAUCUACUACUGUACCUUGGAACCGGAGAGAUUGAUGGAACCAGUCUGCCAGAGCUCUAUGCCAGUGAAGAGGAAGAAGAUGCCAGUGAAGGGAUUCUCUCUCCCAAGAAUGGACCGCAUUAUACUACUAACGACAACGACCACCACCCGAAAAAGAAUCACCACCAACACCACAAGGCUUUUCAAAUACACCAGGUGUACUUUCUAGGCUUCUUUCAAGUUCUAAUGUCACUUGUCCUAUUUCGAAGAUGGAGCCAAGACUGCCAUUGCCACAAUCAACAUUGCAAAUGCGACCAGACAAAGCUGAUUGCUGCUGACACUCCCUGCACCGGAACCGGUAGCAACAAUCCGCACGACGAGAAAAGAAAUGUUGCUACAUUAUAG